CAGAAGGUUUUUCUAUCGUUCUGGAACCUGCUGUUGUCAAAUAUCGCGGGAGCCGCCUCCCUAAUCACUACGUAAUGUGCCGUGCUGCUUCUAGCGGCGCUGGUGACAGUGCUGAAAGCUGUUGGGUAUGAAGUGAAACCGAACUGAAUUUUUGUACCAUCUGCAACUGCUUCAAGUUCAGAUCACAACUAAAGGAACUGAAGACAAACCUCCCAGAUUAAAAAAAAGUUGUAACACUGAAGCCACGUGGGGGGAGAAAAGGAUCACUUCAAGGAUUUAAAAACACAAGAGAAACAAAAAUCCUGAAACGACCAAAGAACACGCACAUCAGCCCAACUGAAACGUGAAAGAGAAGCAAUCCUAUGCCCAAGCAUAUUCUAUGAAGAAAACUGAUCUGAAACCAGAAGUUUGUGCCUACUCAACAGCUUUGACAAAGCACACGUCCCAACGCUGCUCCUAGCCCUCCUCAUCCCAACUACGCCGCCGACUCGCCACUAAGGUGUAGAGUAGGCUGCUCUCUGCUAGUACCCUCCCAUAGUCUCCCCUGUCUCUCUACUCCACCUUUUUGUUCUCUGUAACUUUUCUAAGCAGUGCUAUUGCACCUGCAACUGCCUUUUGUGUGCUAGGUUUCGUUUUUCUUUUCUUCUUUUUUUUUUUACUUGAUGCAACCACCUUGGUCUUGUGCCAGAAACAUGUUAGGAGUGUGCAUGUGUUAAAGUGUGUGUAUGUGUUUGUGUGUGUGAAGCUCUGCGAAGUCAUCAAGAUCCAGAGACAAAAGACAAAAGAAACGGUAAAGACAUCCAGCCGUGUAUCACUGGGUGGUUACUUAACUGUUGUCCAUUUAAAAAAAAAAAAAAAAAAAAUCAAGCAGAAAUUCUAACAAGUGCUCAAGCAACUUUGGUUGAAGUUUAUGGGAAAAUAUGGGCAGCCCCUGGAAAGGCUUUGUUGAGUUUACCUUGCCUGCGUCACCACCCACCACAUUUGUUAGUGCUGACCUGAGCAGCACCUCCCCUGUGGGACUCAGCCUGUCGCCAUAUGGCCGAUCCCGAGUUGCGGCUCUGUCCCCCGUGUCAGAAAUGGAAAGGGGCUCCUCUGAACCCCCUGUUACCCGCAGCAGUGGCUCGGCCCCCGAUACCGCCACUGCUCCCAUACCCAUACCCCGUUCCGCCUCUGUCUCUUGCCACCCUCACCCUGGAAGUAAAAAGUACAAGCGGACUCCUUUGUAUCAGAGAUCAAUGAGUUUUGACCCAGGCAUGCUUCAUAACAAUGGACACACUGCAUAUGCCAACGGCUCAGGGCCUGGCAUCAGAGAAACCGGUGUGGUGGAGAAGCUGUUGACUUCCUAUGGAUUCAUCCAGUGCUCAGAGCGCCAGGCUCGUCUUUUCUUCCAUUGCUCCCAGUACAACGGGAACCUGCAGGAGCUUAAAAUAGGAGAUGAUGUAGAGUUUGAGGUGUCCUCUGACAGGCGCACUGGCAAGCCCAUAGCAGUGAAGCUGCUUAAGAUAAAGCCAGAAGUGCUGCCAGAGGAGCGCAUCUCGGGCCAGGUGGGGCCAGACCUGCACGUCUAUCCCUUUACUGUGCUGCAUGGUUAUAUUCAUCCAGUCGUCUCAUCUGUCCCACUGAACUUGGAUGGCAAGGCCGCUCCGGGUCAGGUUCCCACUGGGAGUGUAUGUUAUGAAAGAAAUGGAGAGGUUUUUUAUCUAACCUAUACUCCUGAUGAUGUGGAGGGGAAUGUCCCUUUGGAGACAGGCGACAAAGUCAGCUUUUACAUGGAGACAAACAAGCAUACUGGUGCAGUGAGCGCUCGCAAUAUUCAGCUUGUGAAGAAAAAGCAGGCAAGGUGCCAGGGUGUGGUAUGUGCUACAAAGGAGGCCUUUGGGUUCAUUGAGAGGGCAGAUGUGGUGAAGGAGAUCUUUUUUCACUACAGCGAGUUUAAGGGUGACCUGGAGGCUCUUCAGGCUGGAGAUGAUGUGGAGUUCACCAUCAAAGACAGAAACGGCAAGGAAGUGGCUACGGACGUGCGCCUGCUCCCUCAGGGGACCGUCAUCUUUGAAGACAUAAGCAUUGAGCAAUUCGAAGGCACUGUUGUUAAAGUUAUUCCCAAGGUUCCCACGAAAAACCAGAGUGACCCUCUGCCUGGGCGCAUCAGUACGAGGAUUGGUUUCUCUGAGAAGGAGCUUCCUUUUGGAGAGAAGGACACAAAGUCUAAGGUGACUCUUUUGGAAGGAGACCACAUUCAGUUUAAUAUCUCCACUGACCGCAGGGACAAACUAGAGAGGGCUACAAACAUCGAAAUCCUCCCAGACACCUUCAACCUGACCAAGGAGACCCGUGAAAUGGGCGUGAUUGCAGCCAUUCGCGACGGCUUCGGCUUCAUAAAGUGCGUGGAUCGAGAUGCCCGAAUGUUCUUCCACUUCAGCGAGGUCCUGGAGGAGAGCCAACUGCACAUCUCGGAUGAAGUGGAGUUCACUGUUGUGCCUGUAGGUUCUGUUAAGCUUUUCACAAAAGAUAUGCUGUCUGCUCAGAGAAACCAUGCGGUUCGCAUUAAGAAGCUUCCCAAAGGGACAGUGUCUUUCCACACCCAGUCUGAGCAGAGGUUUGUGGGCGUCGUGGAGAAGGAAGUCGUGUCGGCCUCCAACAAGAACGCAAGCCCCACCAAGGGAAAGGAGAAGAAAAAAGACAAGGAAGCUGAGGAGGGAGUGAUUGCAUAUGAAGACUGUGGUGUGAAGCUCACUGUGCCGUAUCAUGUCAAAGACCUGGAGGGAGGAAGUUUCCCUCAAGCUGGAGACAAGGUGGAGUUCUGCAUCAAUGAAGUGAAGCGGACGGGCCAUCAGAGCGCAGUUUCCAUCAGGGUUCUCAACCGCAACGCCUCCAACUCCAGACGACUGCACGGAUUUGUUGCUGCACUGAAGGAUAACUUUGGAUUCAUUGAGACAGCAAACCAUGACCAGGAAGUUUUCUUUCACUACAGUGAAAUGUGUGGGGAUGUGGAUAAUUUGGAGCUGGGUGACACGGUGGAAUAUACUCUCUCUAAGGGGAAAGGAAACAAAGUUAGUGCUGAAAAGGUUACCAAGGUGGCUGCAGUGAACGGUACUGGUGACGAUGUUGGUGUGUCCGUGUUGGCGGGAAAAAUCAUCCGUCCCAUCCGCAGCGUGGAUCCCUCCCAGACUGAAUACCAAGGACUCAUUGAAGUGACUGAGGAAGGUGAAGACAAGGGGCAGAACUAUCCCUUUGGAAUCAUGGGGAUGACGAACAAGGCCGACUGCCUGCAGAAGGGGGAACAUGUUAAGUUCCAAGUUUGCACAGUCACCCAGACUGGCCAGAAGAUGGCGUGCAACGUUGUUCCUCAGCGCAGAGCUCCAGUGGAGUGCGUCAAGGACCAGUUUGGCUUCAUUACGUACGAGGUCGGAGAGAGCAAGAAGCUGUUCUUCCACGUGAAAGAAGUGCAGGACGGCGUGGAGCUCCAGAUUGGAGACGAGGUGGAGUUUUCCGUCGUCUUCAAUCAACGCACCGCAAAAUGUAGCGCCUGCAACGUACGCAGAGUUUGUGAGGGGCCCAAACCGGUGGCCACGCCUCGUCCCGACCGCCUGGUGAACCGAUUGAAGAGCAUCACUCUGGAUGACGCCAGCGCUCCUCGUCUGAUCAUCCUACGGCAGCCUCGGGGUCCCGACAAUUCAAAGGGCUUCAGUGUGGAGCGGAAGACUCGGCAACCUGGAGUCAUUGACUGAGCAAUACGCAGCCAGCCCCAUCAGGCCUUGGAGGGAUGCAGUCCCUGAGGGAAACAGCAGAGGGAUCUGACGUACUGCUUGUGAACCAACUCAUCCAUGAAAUAUAACACACGCAUGCAAGAAGUGGCAUGUGUAAUCCUUUGCCCUCACCUGUAAGGGAACGUCCCCUUGUCCCCUCCAUGAUUGUUUCUGGGUUCAGAGUACCUGUGUGUGUGCGUGUGUGUGUGAGAGAGAGAGAAAUGUAAUCUAGAAGAGAUUAAUGUCAAUUGGAGGUAUUUGUUCCUAAGGGGCCUUGUCCCUCUAAGUCCGUUUGACGACUGACUGCGUGGCUGUCGGCAUCCCGAUCUUUUUCAAGUCCGCUUCGUCUGGAAUUCUGCACCUGUAACCGGUCCGUUCGUCUGACUGGGCUAGAUGAGUUUUGUUUUUUUGUCGUCUUUUUUUUUAUUAUUAUUGCUGGCAUGUCUUUAACCCUCUGCUUCAUUUAUGUUCCUCAUCGCUCUUUUACGUACUGGAAAACUUUUGAUCACCAAGUUUUCUCCAGUGUACUUUUUUCCUACAAAAUGCUUAAAGCAAUGGUUCCCUCCAUAAGGAGGAUAAUAUUUCAUACAUGUGCGAACUUUUGAGGAUUCAUCUCUGCUCGGUUUUUUUGAGCAGUUUUUAAAAUGCUUUAUUGAAAAAGGCUGGAGUAUAAAAGCAUGGCGUGAGUGUGACGUAUGUGAAUGUCAAAGUAGUUUCUCUGAAGGAAGUUACCUUUACCAGUCUAGAGCCUUGACAUGCCUUCUUGGUAUUCACAUGCUCCGCUUAACAAGUUUUUCCCAGGUGCAGAAUUCCUUGUGGCAUCUUAUAUCUGCAGUUCUUUUAUACUAUUUCCUUUCUUGCACAUAAUUUUGCUUUGUUUUUGUUUUUUUUUAAUUGAAAAUUGAUCUGCUAAUAUUGAAUAAAUAUAAGGUGCCUAAAACUUCAAACAAAAUAAAACAACAAAAGAAAAAGAAUAAAUAAAAAUUAGAUGCAUUUCUUCCCAGCCAACCGUCAAAAUAUUGAAAACAAUCUUUGGGGUGGCUUUUUUUUCCCUAAUAGAAAUAAUAUGAAUAUGCAUCCCAAACUUGUGGGUUGAAUUAUACUGUAUCUUCUCUGUGUGUUUUUUUUAUUUUGUUUUUUUUCCCCUCUCUGGGUGUAAGCUCCCAAUUUCACAUAUAAUUUACCUAAGGAGAAGGGUUAUCUGUGAGAAAUUCUGAUUUAAUAAAAUAAAAACAAACUGAAUCAGGAUCUCAGUUUUUGUUCUCUGGAGAAAAAAGGAUGAGCUGUCGUGCCUCUGAACAUAAAGUUGCUGUCAGAUCUGAUUUUUUUUUUUCUUUUUUUUCUCUGACGAUCAACAGGUUUUCAGAUGAACCCAUACUGAGGUUCUCGUACUUUUGUUAAUGGUCUUGAAUGAAACAACUGAAUAAAGUUUUAUGAAAUUCAAA